AUGUUUGCAGCCGCACGGCUGGCGGAGGGCGGCGGCGCGGCGGCGGCCGACCUGGGAGAUGUGUGGCAGGGGCUGGAGCCGCUGCUGCUGGAUGCUGAUUUGGAGAACCAGGAGGCAGCUGUCGCAGCCGCGGGCGAGGUCAUCCACUUGCUCGCCGCCGCCAGCGGCGCCGACGCGGCCGCAGAGGCGCUCUCGUCGGGGAUCGCCCGCCUCUGCUCUGUGCCUGAGGCAGUGCUGCGGGAAGAGGGCGCGUGCCAGGCGCUCGCGCUGGCCGUGCGCGUGCUCGCGGGGCGCGAGGGCAGCCCCCUGGGGGUCGACCAGCUGGCGCCGUUCCUCGUGCCAACGUUCCUCAACCUCGUAAAGCACGACAGCCACGACGUGCGCGAGGUCGCGGCUGCGGCGCUGCCGCCGCUCCUGCGCCGCCUCGGCCCCGCGCGCCGCGCCGCCUUCGUGCCUUCCGCCCUCGAGGCGCUGGCGGGCGACUCCCAUUGGAAUGUGCGGGCCGCCGCGGCGCCGCUGCUGCUGCGGGUGGUGUCGCAGAUUGAUGACCUGACCGAGGAGGAGAGGGCCUGCACCCGGGCGCCCGAUGGCGUGUGCGCGGGCAUCUACUGGGCCAACUGA